AUGACGAGAGUAUGUGAUACAUUGAAGAUUAAGCGUGGUGUGCUUUAUAGAUGUGUGCAACAUGAAGACUUCAGCGUUGACCAGUUGGUUCUUCCCUCAUCGAUGAAAGAGAAGGUUCUUACUUACCUGCACAUUCAUGUUGGUCAUCCCGGACGGGACAGAACCAUAUCUUUGAUACGGGACAGGUUUUUCUGGCCAGGAAUGGUCAAAGAUGUAGAUGAAUGGAUGAAGAAGUGGCCACGUUGUGUUCUGAGGAAGACACGAACAUCACAGCGAGUGCCACUAGUCAGCAUUGUGACAACACAGCAGAUGGAACUAGUUUGCAUGGAUUACCUUACCUUGAAGACUAGUAAAGGAGGUUAUUCAUAUGUCUUGGUGGUCACAUAUCACUUUACGCGUUAUGCAGAGGCCAUAUCAACGCGCAACAUGUCAGCCAGGACUACAGCCGAUGCCCUCCUUGGUUAUAUCCAGCAUAACGGCAUUCCCCGACGGUUCAUUUGGGUGAGGGAGCUACUUUUUGCGGUUAGGUCAUACGCCACCUUUGUGAUACAUUAG